AUGGAUCUGCUCUCUGAGGAACAUAGGCACCUCAGUGUGGAGUCCACACCACACACUUCUUACCUUCUUUCAAACUGUCUUUCCUCUGAGACUCUGUUACCUUUCACAUUCCUCAGGCUCACUGGUGUUUCCCCUUUUGUCUAUCAGACUCUCAGAGUUUUGUCUAUUUUAUUAUAUUUUGCAAAAUCCAAACCUCUGGGUCUUCUCCCCCUCCCAUACCCUUCACCCCACCCCCUGGGAUGUAUCAUUCCCCUCCCCCACCCGCUCCCCAGCAAACCUCCCACAGGACUGCAGGCUCUAAUUGCCACAUUCAUCACUCAGGGUAUAAAUACCACAAAGCACCUGCUUUCUCUCCACCAUGUCAUUGAAGCCACAAAGUACUUCCAGGGGUGUGGUUGCCCCCAAGUCUCGGAACCUCAGAGAUUAACCGCCUAG